GCUGUGUUGUCAGCUCUUGGGAAGAGAAGUGUGAGCUGCGGGGAGCGGGGCUUUCGAGGGAGAGGAAGACCCCCACUUCGUGCACCACCCCCCACCGCCGUUGCCUUUCUAGGCAGCCCAGAUCUGGGGGCCACGAAGGAAGGAAGCCGUCCCUGCUGGUAAAUGAAAUGCAUGGGGGGUGGGGUGGCGGUGGGGCAGAGAAAGGGAUCCGUCUGCUCCAGCCAAAAUCACAGCUUGGGGGGCGGAGGGUGCUUGUAAACAUGCCAAGGAAGGAGUGGGCGGCCAAGCGAAGGAAGUUUUAAAAAAUCUGGGCCUGGAGGGGGGAAGCACCUUGGAGAGGAAGGGAUGCAAAUAUAUGGUAAAUGGGAGGCGGUUCUGCACAGUUGCUUCGGGGAAACGGUGUGUGGGUUAAGAACAGUUGCUGUGGGUGUUGAUAAGGGAGACGGUGUACGUGUGAACGCUUUGGAGCGCUGCUCUCGUUCAGAGAAGCUGGUGGGUUGCUUUUAAAAUGUAGCCUGGGGAGGAGAACUACAGAGUCUCUGAAGUUGGGAGUGACGUGCUUGCUCCCCCUUUGGACGUGCUGGGCCUAAUUUAAGAGCGAGUAGAAAAGUCUAACCCAGCAGAAGUGGGUGCUGAAUGUUGUGGGUUCGAGAUACGCAGACACCUUUCUGGGUAUCUGAGCCCACGAUUUAGUUCAGAGCCUGGGACUUGCUAGUGUCGGCCUUGUUUAAAACUCCUGCACCAAGCUUUGCUGCUGCGUUUUAGCGUGUGCACCUGUUUGACUUAAGCCAAGAAAAAUGAAGGUUCUUGGAAAAGCAUGAGGGGUUAGGACAGGAAGGGGAGAGGGGAUGGAAAUCUUCCCAAGUGUCUGCAAAAAAAAACACCAAGCAAGAGCAAGUGUCACUGAGGUCACAUCCACACCAAACAUUUAAAGCACUCUCAAACUGCUUUAACAAUUGUGCCUUCCCCACAAAUAAUCCUGGGAAUUGUAGUUUUUAAAGGGUGCUGAAAGUUGCUAGGAGACCCCCUUACAGAGCUACAGUUCCCAGCACCCUUAACAAAGUACAGUCCCCAGAAUUCUUCAUGAGAAACUAUGGCUGCUAAUUUAUGGCAUGGAUGUAACCUAGAUGGCUAUGUUGUAUUCUAGAGUUUUGGGGAGUUUGUUUGUACAGAAAAUGUGUACAGCUCUCUGUAAUGUUGUUGGAGGUGGGGGAGCAUGUGUGUGACUUCCUUGGAACACCCAGCUUAGGACAGGAAGCAGGUUUGGGCACAACACCCCUGCCCUUUGACCUCUUUUUCUAAUAUGUCUGCUGAAGCAGCCAGCUCCAUCAGCUCAUCUGCCUCAAGGCAGAACUCCUUUUCACCCCGAGAUUCAUAUUCUGAUGUGGUCAAAAACCCCUGUGGUGCUAUGGAUAAAAUUAAAUAUUGCCCUUGUUCAAUGUGCCUCCCUUCCCCAUGAUGCUUUUCUGCAGCAGAACAUAGUGGAACAUCUUUUGUGAUUCUUACUGGGUUCGUGUCGUCCAAGAGCAAGUGUAGACUGUAUUGAGUUUGUGCCAUGAAAGAGUGAGGUCAUCUCCAAACCAUACACUUUAAAAGUGCUCAUAUGUCACUUGAACAGUCAUGGCUUCCCCUGAAGAAUUCUGGGAAAUAAAGCUUAUUCCCCUGAAGAAUUCUGGGAAAUAUAGCUUAUUCCCCUGAAGAAUUCUGGGAAAUAUAGCUUAUUCCCCUGAAGAAUUCUGGGAAAUAUAGCUUAUUCCCCUGAAGAAUUCUGGGAAAUAUAGCUUACUGAGAGCGCAGAGAUGGGAGACCCACCACAGAGCUACAAUUCCCAGCACUACACUUUCCCAGGAUUCUUUAGGGAAAGCCAUGACUGUUGAAGUGGCGUAUGAGCGCUUUUAAGUACAUGGUGUGCAGGGCGACUUCUCUCUUUGAUGGCACAUCAAUAUAUGUAGGGUUGUAGAUGUGCCCAGCAAUGUAGGGCAGUAGAAACUAACAGGCCAGCCUUGUGGUGCCUUAAGAGGAUUUGCAUUGCAAAGAAGCUAACCAAAGCAAAUUGGAAUCUAUUUGCAACCCAGCAAUGGGUUGGAGAAUCUGGAGGCAAACAUUGCAAUUUAUAUGCAAUAUCUUUAGCCGAAAGCCCCAGAGCAGGAAAGGAUCGGGAAAGUGGAACCUCCCUACAAAUCUGACCUCUUAUCCAUAUUCUCAGUUCCAAGAGAAGCAGGACAAAUGUUGACUAUAUAUGGGAGAACUGUUAUUUUUGGGAACUAUUUGGAGGAGUUCCGCCAACAAGAGACCGGUCACAAUCGCUCUCACCCAGUCCUCCUUGGAUCUUGCCUCAGUUGGAACGUUGCACAUUGUUUUCAAACCAUUGUGUUUAUGUGGAAUUUGAACAAAAGACUGGAUCCAAAAAAAGCAAAGGGGAAAAGCAGAGAUGGUUAUUUCAGCUGUCACUUAGUUCUGAUAUAGUCUUGCAGUGGAAUAAGGUGGUAGAGGAUAUACUAUAGCAGACUUCAGGAAAGCAGAUCGCUCCCCAGUGUAAAAAGGGCUAUUGUCACUCUAUGCAUGCAGAAUGUCCCCGGGUUCAAGCCCUAGGUAUCUCCAGAUGGUGCUGGGAAUGUCCCCACAUCUAAAACCUUGGAGAGCUGCUGCCAAUCAGUCUGGACAGGUGGCCUGACUCGUAUAAGGUUCUUAAAAAUGAAAGGCUUCCAUGCAAACAGCAUAUUAGCACAUUGGAGACUGGGCUGGGCUAGAAACUACUGUAGUUGUUUACUUGCAAGGAGGUACGGCUCUAUGAGAAAUGGCACCACCCGCCCACUUGCAGCUCCAAAAGGAAAAAGGCUGCUGUAAUAACUGUGUAAUGACAGACAAACUGCCCUGUGAGGAAUAUAUACUGGAAGGCAACUUUAUAUAUCUGGUAAAUAAAUACUGACUUGGAAUUCUACCCUGCCUCAUACUUUUGCUUGGGCAGGCCAGGUUAUAGAUUUGGGUCUAAGACGUGGGAAUAGGGUAAUACUGGAGAGAUUUACUAAGCUUGGGAAAGAUAGGUUUGGUGGUUUUUUUUGUGGGUUGGGGGUACCUUUAUCCAACAUGUGGUAGAUGAUGUGUCUAUUGUUUGCUUUGGAUCCUUUCAAACAACCUAAUUCCUCUUGAUUGACUGCAAAAGACAAUGCCUAUUGAGAAUAAACUUGCUUGUCCGAAACCAGUCCCACUUCAUCCCCAGUGUUUGGCCAUUCCUUUUACCCCCAAUAAACCUUCAUGUUGAAAUCCGUUUACAAUCGCAUACCGUUUGGGGGGAAAAGGUUUGGAAAUUGAGAAUACGAUGGGCUAAAAGGAGGCUGCUAUUUCUGGAGUUUGAAACACGAUCCUAACUUCCUUUAUGGAAGAAAUCCUAUCUGUGAAUGCACUGUGUGCUGCCUUCGCUUCCUCCAUGCCCACAGUAUAGCUUUAGUGGGUUGUAUAUAGUCUUAGUCCUACUCAAGAGUAGACCUACUGGAACGAAUGGGCAUGGCCAAUGCUGGUCCGUUAUUUUCAAUGAGUCUUGAGCAGAACGCUGUUGGGUGUGACCCAACAUUAUUCUGUUUAUCCAGACGUUUUGGGUUCUCUCCAGUCGAGUGGGAUGGCUAGAGUCAUGCUGCAAAAAGGUCACUUAGAAAGAGGCAAGUCAGUAGUCCAAAGAGCACCAGCUUGAGGCACAAGUGAUGCUGCAAUUAAAGAAUCACCAGCCACCAGAAUGGGAAGAGCCCUUAAUUAUCCUGUCCUAUGGUGCACUUUGCAAGGAUGAGAUGAGCAAAUAAGUGUGACUACUGCACCAUGCAUGGGCAGAGGCGGUGGCAGGACAAAGGGAUGGAGGAGACCUAGGGACACAUGACACAGCCGCAAAUUGACUCAGACCAUUGGUCCACCCAGCAUUGCGGUGUGACACUGCAGAAUCUCACCCUGCCCUGCCACCAGAAAGGUUUAAAUUUGAUGGUUGAGCAUUGCACUCUCUGCAUGAAAAGCCUGUGUUCUGCCAUUGAGCUGAGUUAAAGAAUCCUCAGUCCAGGCUCCUCCUGCACAGCCAAACUCUAGUUCAAGAGAGCUUUAAACUGCAUUUAACUCUGGAGGGCGGGGGGUUACCCAGCUCUUUGAACGGUUUGGUUGCCUUUUUCAUCACCUUUUUCCAGCGCUACAGUAUCCUUUUUGAGGCGACACCAGAACUGUGCAAGGUAUGUGCAAGAUAAGGCAUUAUUGACACUGGAAGAUUCGUUUUUGAUCCCUUAGAAUGAAACUGGCCUGGUUCCUCGCAAGGAUCGGCCAUAGUUUAUUAAACUGAGGUUUAUUAACUCGUAGCUUGUUUGACCCUGCUCAGCAGCUUAACAGUGGUUUGUUUGCCGCCAACAAACCAUAAUCCAAGUGCAUAGUUUGUUGUUUCGAUUACAAGCGUUUUAUUUGUUUUAACUAGGGUUUGGUGUUACGUGCAAACCUGGCACCCUUCCUUAACCCAUGGUUUGUUUAGCCAGGCCACCCCAAUCCACCCUGGAUGCUCACAAAGCUGCAAAGACAUGAAAAAGAAAGUAAAGUUUGGAGGAACAAGGUGUGGUUAAUAAUUGUCUGUGGGACAACUUGCUGUUAAUCAUGGUUUACUGUCAUCAUAUUGUUGCAAUAAUAGGGUCAGAUGUUUAUUUCCUUAAAAAAGAAACCACCUUUAAAAAGUUACACAACCCAUGUUGUUUGAUUAAAUUGGUAUCCUUGCUCAGAUUAGCUUGCUCAAGCCUAGUUAAAUUUGCAUAGAACAGUUACAUUAUGUCAAUACAAAAUGAUCCUCGACUGAGACUGUUGAAUUAAACUCCCUCAAAUAAAAACCAGGACUUAAGAAAUCAAAGGCAGUUGCUUAAACAAACAGCUUAGCAAAUAAAGAUAUCGAAAUGUUAGAGCUGGAGGUUUCAGUUUCUGGCUGAAGUAAGCUGCCCAAUAUAGUCUAGUCUCGAUACUCUUGUAUUUUCGUUCUGGUUGGCCGAAACACAAGUUGCACAAGUUUAGCUCGGUGAGCGCAGAGGCUGAGCAAAACCAAAAUACCUUCAAUAGGAGUGUAUACAAAGACCACUUAAAACAGAUUUGUGAUCCAUGGUGCUGUUUAGGGAGCCUGGGGCAUACAUGUCUCUUUCCAACGCCACUCUGGAAACUACAACAAAAUGUUGCAGUGUGGAGUGUUCCCUGUUGAGAAUUCCAGCCAUUCUAUUCCCCCUCAUUCCCCAAAUCGUUGGUAUUCCACGCUCACUAAGCAUGCCUAGUUCUUAUUGGAGCUGUUUCUGGGGUUCCCACCACCCCAGGCUUUCCUUUCCUGAAGUUUUUGGGGGUUUUUAAGUUCUGCAAACUUUGGAGUUCUCCCAAGCCUGCUAAUACUUUCUUCUUGUUAGCUUCAUAGCAAAAACACUCACGUCUGGAAUGUUGGAAAUACAGUGGUUAAGAACUUAAUUCGUUCUGGAGGUCCCUUCUUAACCUGAAACUGUUCUUAACCUGAGGUGCCACUUUAGCUAAUGGGGCCUGCCGCGCAGCCGCCGUGUGACUUCUGUUCUCAUCUUGAGGUAAAGUUCUCAACCUGAGGUACUAUUUCUGGGUUAGCGGAGUCUGUAACCUGAAGCGUCUGUAACCUGACGUACCACUGUAGAGGAAAACAAUCAAAGCCCUGCAACAAAAUGGUGCAGAUUAUCCCUGGUAACCUGAACCUGCAGCUGAGGGAGGUUGAAAAAUAAAAGUUACUAUCAAAUACAUAUGCGAGUUCCUGUUCUAAUUUGGUCUUUUACUUUAUGUGCAAUGGAGAAAAAUGUGGGUGUUUUUACAUUUAAAAAUGGAACCAGUCUGCUUGCAAGUUAAUAGAGCAUGAGGUUUCUGCAGGCAGCUGGGUGCUGGGCUUGCUGUUGGAGGCCAAAUAGUCCCAUCUGUGGCCUGAAAUACAGCAAUGGGUCUAACUUUACAGGGCUGCCGAAAGCUGUUCUUCUCCAGCACAGCCCUCCAAGCUGCAAUAGGAUUGUAGCAGUGAACUACACUACAGGGUUGUAGUUGCCCAACUUGCAAUGUGGGGAUUAAAGUAGCAGACAGCAAUGCAGAUUUGUUGGAAACCAAUCAAGAGUCUGGCCUGCAGUAUUUGGUGUGAGCUGCACUCAGGACUGUCCAUUGUCACUCUCUCUCAGAUGCAGCCAAUUUCAGCCUGGAAGUAUAAGGGCAGUGGUCUCGCAUUUGCUCUGAAAUUUGCAUUAGCGGUGUUGGAAACUAUUCCAUUCGUUGCUGCCUUUUCCUUUGGUGUGUGUGAGAGAGAGACAGUGAGGAAAGUGGACAGACACACUGAUGCCUAGCCCUAGCUGAGUUACAACCUUGGAUUUCUCUACUGGCGUCUAUGGGCAGUUCUCAGUUCUGUCUCUGGGGACAUUCAAAAAUAGCUGCUCAGCGUAAACCAGAAAGUGACAUAGUUCCUUCUGCCCUUUAUAUCAGGGGUGUGGAACGUUUUUGGCUCCACAGACCAUAGUAUUAUCAAUAGCGUCCUCGCAGGCCAAAUGUGACAGGUGGGCAAACUAUAUGAGUGAGAAUUUUGAGAAUAUGCCUGCGAGUUUUGAGAUUGCUCUUUGGGCCUGAAGUCCCCAUCUUUCCUUUAUCUGUCCCUGCAGUCAUCUUCCAGCCAGUUCAUUCCAUCUCCCCACCACUGCCACACCCCUGACCUCUCAAUAUUCCAUGGCAUUUGGUUAUUAUGGGCCUUUCUAACUUUUGUGUACGCAUGCCUAGGAUGGCACUGUAAACAGCCAUCUGUGCUAGUUUUGCAUGCCAAAGGAACAAGUCCUGUUGGUGUUCCUUUAAAAUAAGGGACUCAUCGCGAACAUUGUUAUUACGAGGCAUUAAAAAAUAGCCACUUAACAAAAACCACACCUUUGCUAUUUUAGAGUUUCACGCAAAAUGAUCUCUCUGUCUCUCACUCACUUCUCCCCCCCUCCCCAAAUACAGAACACAUGCCGAAUAAGUAUAAAUGUGUAUCUAUUGAGAAAUUGCUUGGAUCCAGGGUCUCCUGUCCUCAUUUCAUGCUUCAAUGCAAAGUUAAUAAAUUCAGUGUCUCAUCUGUCCUUGUAGUUCUCUGGUUAAUGUAACUUAAGACAGGAGCGCAUUCAUCAGGCAUGCUUGCUCUGGUGCCAGCUGUUUCCAGCUGUUUAUUUGCUACCAACCAGCACCACUUGUGCUCUCUCUAUAUGCAGCCAGAUUUACCAUUCUGAUGGUUCCUAAGACUUUUAAUGAACACUCUUCCUUAAAUGGAGUUCACUUCAUAUGUAGCCUUGUUGCCUCUGAAGCUUUUAACAUGAUCACUUAUUUAUCCUUUGCAAUCAGAGGCUUUAAAAUUUAACCACAACAAACACUGUCAAAAUAGGCCGGAGAUUUGUUUGGUUUUUGUUUGCAGUCCGAAUGUGAACAUGAACAAAAGGAAGCUGUUAAAAUCUUAUCAAAGAACCUGCUUCUCCCAACCCCUCUCCAAAAACAUAUUCUGAAAUGGAGCUGGUUUAGAAUGGUGGGAAGGGCAUCCAAAAGCGAAGAGCAGGUCUUUUGGAGAAAAAAAGUGAAAUUGGUGUGAUAUAGAGACAUUGCUUUCCCAUGCUGUCAUCUCUGGUUCAACCAAGUUUUGAAGUGUUCUUUCUCCCCACCCUGCCCCAAAACACAAUGAUAGCAGGAUGAGUACCCCACUGUCAACAAAACCUCCAUCACACCACAUUUUAGCUUGCUUUCAAGACGCACACUGUGAAUGCUUGCGAGCUGAGCCGGGUACUACCAGAAAAGACCCCACUAGACCAUAGCUGUCAACUUUUCCCUUUUCUUGCGAGGAAUCCUAUUCGGAAUAAGGGAAUUUCCCUUUAAAAAGGGAAAAAGUUGACAGCUAUGCACUAAUCCCCGUGAAAACAAACAAAACUAUAAGCUCCAGUGUUUUCAGCCGAUAUGGGAGAGUUCCCUUUUGGAUCCCAAAUGUGGUUCCAUGUUAGUGGAACGAACCACUGUGUGCCUCCAUAAAAAUAAAGGGCCCUUAGAGCCAGCCACUACUUGCCAUCUCUGAAUGUCUUCUUGAUGGCUGUGGCAGUCCUAGAAGAGGGAUGGAGGACUACCUAUGGUUUUUCAGAUGUUCCUGGAUUCCAUCUCCCAUCUUCCAUGUUUCUGUUAACUAGAACAACAUCCUUAAUGACCAUUUGUACCACUUUCAGGCUUCAGGUUAGCCGCAGCCAUUUAUUUCCAUCUUGGCCAUUGGCCUUGUGGUUGCGGGGGGGGGGGAGUGGGUUUCGGGAGUCGCAUCUGAAAGGCCUAAGGGAUCCCUAUCCUUGAGGAAAACAAGAAAGCCAAUAUAGCUUCCCAGAAAAGGUGCUCUGUCUGGCUCUCCAGGUACAGAUCAAGCUUUUUCCUGUGGCUCAUUUCAUUUGCUAAACAGGCAACAUCAGUAGGAGUACUGGGUGUUAAGGAUGCAGCUUCAAUUCCCUAAAUCUCAGUUCAGCCCAGAGGAUCUAGCUGUUGCGUUUACUUAAACUGCACUGACAUGAGCGGAUCCAUGAAUGACUUUGCACAACCAACUAAUCCUGAUUUGUACUGUAAUGGGCUUGCUCCAGAUGCAAGGAGGCCUGUGAUAAAUCAACUUGUUUCAACCUGAAAAGGUACUAUUUAGGUCUUAUUUUUUAUGUGCUGGACCAGCACAACAGCCCUGCCAAAAUGUUAAUGGAGUUAUAGCUAUCUAUAGCCCUCCCAUCAGAUGUUAAUGAAAUAAACAACUACAGUGGUGCCUCGCAAGACGAAAUUAAUUCGUUCCGCAAGUUUUGUCGUCUUGCGAUUUUUUUCGUCUUGCGAAGCACGGUGUCGGAAAAGUUUUGGAAAAGCUUCAAAAAUCACCAAAGUCUUCAAAAACCUCAAAAAAGGCUGCCACACUGCGUUCUAUGAGUUGCUCCUCCUCGAAGUCAAGUCGCGACUGUAUUAACGGUGUUAAGAAAAAGGAAACAAACUUGCAAGACGUUUCCGUCUUGCGAAGCAAGCCCAUAGGGAAAAUCAUCUUGCGAAGCAGCUCAAAAAACAAAAAACCCUUUCGUUUUGCGAGUUUUCCGUCUUGCGAGGUACCACUGUAUCUGACUUUUAGAAGACAUCUGAAGGGAGCCCUGUUUAGGGAGGUUUUUAAAGUUUGAUGUUUUAUCGUGUUUUCAAUAUUCUAUUGGGAGCCCCCAGAGUGGCUGGGAAAACCCAGCCAGAUGGGUGGGGUAUAAAUAAUAAAUUGUUAUUGUUAUCUAUCUAUUGCCAGCUUUUAUGGUCUACCCAUCACCAGUUGGUCCCCAGGCAGGUUACGCAGGUGGCGCUGUGGUCUAAACCACUGAGCCUCUUGGGCUUGCUGAUCAAAAGGUCGGUGGUUCGAAUCCACACAACAGGGUGAGCUCCCAUUGCUCUGUCCCAGAUCCUGCCAACCUAGCAGUUCGAACGCAUGCCAGUGCAAGUAGAUAAAUAGGUACCACUGCAGCGGGAAGGUAAACGGCAUUUCUGUGCGCUCUGGCUUCUGUCACAGUGUUCCAUUGCUCCAGAAGUGGUUUAGUCAUGCUGGCUGCAUGACCCGGAAAGCUGUCUGUGGACAAAUGCCGGCUCCCUCGGCCUGAAAGCGUGAUGAGCACUGCAACCCCAUAGUUGCCUUUACUGGACCUAACCGCCCAGGGGUCAAUUACCUUUUACAUUUACCUUACAUACAUUUUAAAAAAAUACAACCCAAUCCGUCUUCAAGGGCAGCCCCAAGUACAGUGGUCCAGUUAGACCCUUCUCUGCAGAGGAAGGACCAUAGCUGCUAAACCAGCUGUCGCUGGCAGUAAGCGUUUCUUGUCACCAAAACUACUUGAUGGUUCACAAGAGUUUUCAAGGAUCUCAGGUAUCAGUGCUUGUUUAAGCAGCAUAUUUUGGGGUGAAUGGGAAUGUAACUCUUUACAUUUAUUUAUUUUAUGCUUAUUUAACACUGCGUUCGCUUCAUAGGAAUUUGCAAUGGUCAGUGUUUGCAGCGUUAACUCGCACGUUUGAACAGCUCGCGACCCUGCCAAGCUAAACGUCGCCUGGCAACCUUGGCAAGAGUAUUUCCCACCCUGGCAAGGCCACAGGUUCUUGGCUUGCCUGUCUUUCAUCCCAGGAUAAGCAGCGGCAUAAAUAAAAGCAGCAUUGCUUUUCCUGGUGGGCAGAUCAGAGAGUCUAUUUUAUCUCAAGUGAUCACCUUAAGGGUUUUCUUGCAUUGUUUGCAAGGGGCAGGUACAUACGGUGUGGCUGGUCCCCACUGGGAGUUCAUGCACAUUUGGGUUUGAGGUGUGGCUUUGCUGGCAGACGAAGCCGGACUGCCAUGUUUUGAAUGAUGGGAAGAAACAGCGGGCUUCAAGCCCAAACUAGAGAAAGUCCCACUCAGAGCAGGUCCAUUGAAAUUAAUGGACCUAGGUUAGUCGUGGCCAUUAACUUCAAUGGGCCUGUUUUGAACGGAAAACUAGCACUGGAUGCAACCCAGUGGGGUUAAAUACCAAAGCAGAUGCAGUACAGGUGGUUUAAGGGAAUGGCUGUGGCUCAACCAGAACAACUGUAGCUCAUUGGUAGAACAUCUGCUUUGCAUUCAGAAGGUGCCUGUUUCGACUUGUGGCUUUUCCAGGUAGGGGUGUGAGAGAUCCAUGUUUGAAACCCUGGAGAUCUGUAUACACCAUACCGUUUCCUGCAUUGCAGGGGGCUGGACUAGAUGACACUCGGGAUCCCUUCCAACUCGACAAUUCUGUGAUUCCAUGACCUUACUGGACCAGAGGUCUAACUCUGUAUAAGGCAGCUUCCUUUGUGUUUCAAAUAUAGAGAGAGAAUUCAACAGUGCUUAGUUUCAGUUUUGGUUGUUCGUUAGUGUUGCUAAUACAGUGGUACCUUGGGUUAAGAACUUAAUUCGUUCUGGAGGUCCGUUCUUAACCUGAAACCAUUCUUAACCUCAGGUACCACUUUAGCUAAUGGAGCCUCCCGCUGCUGUUGCGCCGCCGCCAUGCGUUUUCUGUUCUCAUCCUGAAGCAGAGUUCUUAACCCGAGGUACUAUUUCUGGGUUAGCGGAGUCUGUAACCUGAAGCGUAUGUAACCCGAGGUACCACUGUAUUGUUUUGUGGAUUAGGAGUGCUGUAUAGUGGUACCUUGGUAGUCAAAUGGCUUAGCUGUCGAACAAAUCGGCUCCCAAACGUCGCAAACCCGGAUGCGAGUGUUCCGGUUUGCGAACGUUCUUUGAAAACCAAACAUCCGGCAUGGCUUCCAACAGGCUGCAGGAAGCUCCUGCAGCCAAUCAGAAGCCACGCCUUGGUUUUCAAACCAUUCUGGGAGUCGAAGGAUUAAAUUCGAGAACCAAGUACCACUGUAAUGCUUCGUGAAUUUUAUCAUACAACUUUUCUUGCGUUUGUGCUGUUUUGCCUUUUUGUUGUUAUUGCUUUGUUAAUAGUGUUUCAUAGAAGGCAGUUGUGUUUUACUGAUGGUUUGCAAUCGUUUUGCUGAUGAUUUCGAUAAUCAUUUUAUACGAUUACGCUGCAGUUGUGAUGUUCUGCUAUGUUAUCACUUAUCGUAUAUAAGCCGUUUGGGACUCACGUGAGUGAAAGGCAGAAUAGAAAUACAAGAAACGAAACGAGUUGUUCAAUAAACGCAGCAAAAGGGGAGGACCUUCUCAUUUUAACAGCAAUACGGGUGCAUGGGUAAGGGGUGCUAAAUCCCACCCACCUACAAUUUACCACCCUGCAGCACCUCUUCCCAAGCACCAUUUGUCAAUCAGUCCAUCACUAACGGAUGAGCCCAGACAGAGAUUUGGGAGUGGGGAGUGGGGUUCUGCGUGCUGCACACCAUUUUUCCUUUUUUUGUUUUGUUUUGCUUCUAACAAUGUAUUUUCCUUUCUCUCUCCUCCACCCCCCACCCCCCUUUCUAUCUAAGCAGAACGGGAGCUGUCCCUAGUUCCACUCUGAUACAUCAAUUCUGCCCUGCUGGAGAGGUAAGCAAGGAUUAAAGUUUGACAGCUUAGCAAACGCUCUCCCAUAUUUGCGCAAGUCCUUGGUUGGCUGCAGUGGUAUGAAACCUCGGUCAGGAAACCGCUCAGUUGUGUCUGUCUUUUACGAGCAGAAAAAAGAAAAAGAAAAAUUGCUUCAGCCAUCUGAACUUUGCUCUCCAACGCAAGGAGAUGUUUUCCUCUGCAAUCCCAGUUUUGAAGCCUCGGUGGACGAUUGAAGUCCCCUCCCCACCUAAUCAUAACCACAGAGCUAAUAAAGGUUAGGCUUCAGGGCUGUCAGGCCCUUACCUCUCCUAACACACAUUUGCCUGCUUGGGGACACGACUUUGCGCCGUGCUGUAGUCAUCAGUAAAACAAAACUCCACUUGCAAAUUUUUAAAAAGCCUCAUAAAAUGCUUUGCCGAAACAGGUUGUUAAUUUUUAUAGCUCGGUAUUUUCUCUCUCUUUUUUAAUUGGUCUUUUAAACUAACGCCCAAUUGCUGCCAGAGUUCCGGGAUAAUAGCUGGAGCCUCUGCAAGGCAAAUGUUCAUAAAUAGAAAGGGGCUAUGGUAGUGUGUGUGUGUGGUUGUGUGUGUGUGUGUGGAGAGAGAGAGAGGUAGAAGCUCUUGGACAGAAGUAGUGUCUGAUAAUGCCUUUUAUUGGCCUGCUUCAUGUGCCGAUCUCAGAUCAGAAGGGUGCAUAAAGAAAUGUUGUUGCUGGUCACAUUACCUGUAGAACUCCCUUUGGGAACGAAAACUUAUGCACCAGGUAUCAUGUUCUUACUUGCACAAGAAUGUGAACAGCAAGUAAUAUAGGAAGCAGACUGAGUCAGGCAAUUGGUCCAUACAGCCACUCUUCCAAGGUUUCAGACAGGGACAUUCCCAGUCCUACCUGGAAAUGCCGGGAAUUGAAGCCACAACAUUUCAUACACAAAGCAGAUGCGCUUCCACUGAGCUGUGGUCCUCCCUCCGUGUACAAAUUACUAGAUCAAUGGGGAAUCCACACUGCAGUGAACAAAAUCCAUGGAAAUGCUGUCCAGCUAUUGAUUUUUCUGGUGUACAGUGGUACCUCGGGUUACAUACGCUUCAGGUUACAGACGCUUCAGGUUACAGACUCCACUAACCCAGAAAUACUACCUUGAGUUAAGAAUUUUGCUUCAGGAUGAGAACAGAAAUCAUGCUCUGGUGGCGCGGCAGCAGCAGGAGGCCCCACCUGAAGUGGUGCUUUAGGUUAAGAACAGUUUCAGGUUAAGAACGGACCUCCGGAAUGAAUUAAGUACUUAACCCGAGGUACCACUGUAUAAGAAUGGGGGAAACCCAAGAAGCCAGCCAGAAAAGUGGAACGUAUGAAUAUGUAUGUUAGAAGCAGAGAACUGUGUCAGUCCAAGAUUAUUCUUUUUAAAAAACAAUACAUAAUUGGUGUCUGGAUAACACCACUAGAAAAAAUGCUCUGUGCUUAAAAAUGGGUGAGUGGGUUGUGUCCUACUGUUAAGCAGGCUGAUGUGCAGGUGAAGGACCCUUGUUGGGUAAAUUCAGCCUAGAAUGGGAGGUUCUAUAAAUAGCUACAGAAAAUGUGUCUGACUUGCAUCCCAGCUGCGUAGAUAGCAGCCCACAGACAGGCCAGAUGUUUGGGAUCUGACUGAGAUUACAUGAAGCUUGAAGGACAGAACAGCUACAGAAGCAAGUGCUCUCUCUCUCUCCCUCUCCCCCCCCCCAAAAAAAAAUUUAAAGUGGCCAGGACAAUGCAGAAGGCAGAACUACAGACUCUAAAACAGCUCAGUCCCAAGUCUAGAUGCAUUUGUGAACAUCUGGUGUCCACGCUGCCUAAUGAUGCAAGAGGCCGGACUGCAGCUGCCUUGAUAAUUAGGGCACAUUCGCUGUAGAGAACAGAUAAUUAAGACAUUUUGGAAAUGGGUGCCAUGGGAAACUUCUAGGAUAGAGUAGGAGGAAGUUAAGUGCAAUGUGCAUAUUCUGACAGCUGCGAUUGCAUUGCAUGCAAAUUGGAUGGUUGUACGGCACUCUUUUAUGGGACUACUUGUAAGGAUUGCUGAGAGAAUUUAAGCAAAUCAGAGAGUGGCUGUAUGUAGCUCACUGUAGGAACACCUGCUUUGCAAACAGAAGGUCCCAGAUUUAAACCUCAGCAUUUCCAGGUAGGGAUGGGGAAGACCUCUGUAUGAAAUCCAGGAGAGCCAUUGCUAGCCUUUGCUAACCUAGUGUCUUCCGGAAGUUUGAGACUAUAACUCUUCGGCCCCAGGCAGCACAUCUGGAGGGUGCCAGGUUUGUGAAGGCUAAUGUAGACUCUACUGAGCUAGGUGGGGCAGUGGUGUAACUCUGGAGUAAGCCAGCAUGGCAUGCCAUGCCCAUUCAAAAGUGUUGCAUGGAUGCUGAAUGGCAUUACUAAAGAAGAGGCAGGAAGGCAGCUUUCAAACUUCUUACACCUUCCGAAACCUGUGGCUGGUCUCUAUUUCCUGUAUAAGUGUGCCCCUAGUCAUGCUCACUGGAGAGACAGUGGAGAUGUCUUUUUAAAAACAUUAUGAUGCUGUGCGUGUGUGGCAGUGGAGUCUUUGCCACUGGUCCUCGCCCCCCCCCAAAGUUAAAUAUUGAGCAGGAGAUGGAUGUGCCUUGACCCUAGUGCAAAGAACAUGUAAGUGCCGGUUGCCAGAGCGCCAUCCCUUCCUUGCCAUCCCUUUCGCCAGCCCUCUUAUCUAAAUAGGAAACGUUGCCUAAUGUGUGUGUUGUUCUGCCUUUGAGUUGCAGCUGUUCUGUCGUCAGGACAAGUGGAUUCACUGUGAGAGCAAACAUUGCUCCAUCUGCUAUAUGCAUGUAUUCAUUUACUCUGCAAUCAGAGGCUCUGCCUUGCGCUGGCAGGUUGUGGCUAGGGCCCAAACUAGAUGGGGCUAUCCAGGCCUCGUGCGACUGAUUCUUCACCCCACCCCACCUAAAAAUAAACAGCUCUUGCAGGGGUUGAACCAGAUUGCAGCUGUGGUGCUUUAAACCCUUUGCACUUUGCUACAGUCAAAAUUCGAAUUGGGCUGGGUGCGCGCAUGCACGCGUUCCUUCUCUUUGUAGCAGGAGGGAGGUUUCACGUGGUGCAAGCAACAGGGAUGGGCUCCCUCUUGAUUUGGAGCAUAACCACAGUGGGGUGCACAUAGGGUUGGAGAUGAUCUUCCCCAUGCCAAGGUAUUACUCCAGCUCCCCCCCCCACUUGGCUAUUUGUUGUGGGAGAGGGCCACGCAAGGGUUAAAGAUGUGAAUGACUUCAUGCCCCGCUUGGCCCCGGCACAACUUCAUAAGGCAGAGCACAGCAGGGCAUGCCGUUGCAAGAUAAAGACACACCAUGUGCCGCAGAUAAAAUCAGUACGUAAUGGCAGUGUGCUUAUGUGAUUGUGGUGACUGUCAGUGUGAGGAUUGUGGGUGUUGCGUGUAUUUAAGGAUGCCUCGAUGUGCUGGAGAGUUCUAAAUCCAGGCUCUGCUAAUGAUAGGACCCUAUUCAUCGUCCCUGCCGUGGUAUCUGUUAUGUAUUGAAGUCACAACUCACAACUUAAUAGUAUCCAAAGGAAGGGAAUUACAAGAUGGCCUCCCAGGUCUACGGGAAGCCAAUUGAGCAGAGAUGUGGCUGCCCAGAUGAUUUUGGUCUGCAACUCCCGUCUCCCCUGAUCAUUCACCCUGCUGGCUGGGCUUGUUGGGUGGCUGAAGUCCAGCAACAUCUGGCACAUCUACUGAGCAUCUAUAAGGGCCGUACCCUCACCUAGCCGCAUUCUGAAUCAGCCUCGCCCCUUGGUGGGAUAAUUAGGCUUAACGAUAUCAGGGUUGGUUUACGGAAACAUACAAAAACUGACCCAGGCCAGAAACAGAUGGAGCCACCUGCUCCAGGGCUGGGGAACCCAGACCUUGUUGGACUACAACCCCCAUCUGCCCUAGCUGUGGUAUGGAUGAUGGGACCUGUAGUCCAGCAACGUUCCAAAUGGCCGCAGAGUCCCCCAGCCCUGGUCUUUUUUUUCUUCCCUAUUUGGGAGCUUUCCCUCAUCCUGCUAACCCAUCUGUGUCCCUCUGUGUUCUGCUGCAGGGCCGCCGAGCUGGAGAGAUGAACGUGGGCACAGCUCACAGCGAAGUGAACCCAAACACCCGGGUCAUGAACAGCCGGGGCAUCUGGCUCUCGUACGUCUUGGGCAUCGGCCUUCUGCACGUGAUCCUCCUCAGCAUUCCCUUCUUCAGCGUCCCUGUGGUUUGGACUCUGACCAACAUCAUCCACAACACGGUACGGGGAGCCCCUUUUGGAGCAGCUUUGAGUUCCACCGUUGGGCACUGUAGGCAGAGGAUCCUUCUGCAGGCAGCACAGGGAGGGGGAAGCCAACACAAGUCCCACCCCGUGUACUCCCUAUAACACAGGGGGUGGGGAACCUUAGGCCCAGGGCCCAGUACAGUCUUCCAGAGCUCCCUAACUGGCCCUUUUCUUCAGCCCUCCAAGAAAUGGCCAUCUAGGCUAUAUGAAUGUCUGGUGUCUAGACCAUGUAGCAGGCAAGUAUCCAUCUAGAUGCAAGUCUGACGCUAUCAGCUGGAUUGUCCAGAGAGAUCCAUCAAGUUGUCAGUGCCAAGGAUGGGAUUGUUGCUAUGAGCAUGCAAGCUGAGCAGAGAGUCACUGUUUUAAAAAAACGUUUGUGGAUUCAUCCUAAGCAUUGUUGUGCCUACCUGCCAGGUAUAACAGACCUUGAUUUUUUAUUAGGGUCUUGGUGGUGGUUUUUAAAUCUGCAAACCAACCCACUUUUAGUCGUGAAAUGCUUCUAACGGAGACCUCUUUUCCGACUUCAUUUAUCUUGUUCUUGCAGUCAGUGUCCAUUUUACAAUUUCUUAAAGAUACAGUACUGCACAUGUGCCCACACGCACACACAUAUACAUGCACACAGCUGGCUCAGAUUUGACAACCUCAGCAUAGGAAACUGUUAUGUAUUAUGCCAAGAACCAGUGUGGCACUUGCAUGCUCCCUGCGCCGCCCCCAUGCACCGACUUUUAGCACUUCUAUCACGAUUACUUUAAACCACUUCAAUGCCUGCUCUGGGAAACCAUGGAUUAAUCUUGGUUCACUCACCGAGUGUGGUUAUACCACAGUUUCCCAGUUCAGGUAUAAUAGGAAACUAUGGUUUAAAUUAACUCUGGACCACUAAAGCUUGCUGCAGGAAGGGAGUGGGGGGUGGAGCACAGGGUUUAUUAAGGAUUAGUAAGCCAUCUGAAAAACCUCAUACAUGCUUCUACCCCACCUCCUGCUUUUGUUUUGUGCAAAGCUGAGACUGUUAAGGGGAGAAAAUCCUCCCUAAACCCAUUCAGAAAACAAAAAGAACACCCCAGUUUGAAUAUCACACCAGUUUGAAAGGUCAUGGCUUCCCCCUAAGGAAUCCUGGGAAGUGUAGUUUGUUAAGGAUGCUGAUAGUUAACAACAGGAGACCCUCAACAGAGUUAGGCUUUCCAGAGUUCCCUGGGAAAGAGGGAUUGGUCAUAGGGGGUUUCAGCAACCUGGAAACAAACUGCAGUUCCCAGCAUUCUGUGACAGUUCACAGUGCUGUAGUACAGUUUUAAAGGUACAGUGGUACCUCGGGUUACAAGACGCUUCAGGUUACAGACUCUGCUAACCCAGAAAUAGUACCUCGGGUUAAGAACUUUGCUUCAGGAUGAGAACAGAAAACUCAUGGCGGCGGUGUGGCAGCAGCAGGAGGCCCCAUUAGCUAAAGUGGUACCUCAGGUUAAGAACAGUUUCAGGUUAAGAACGGACCUCCAGAACGAAUUAAGUUCUUAACCCGAGGUACCACUGUAUACUGCAGAUGGGGGACUAAAGCUCACAAAACAGGCUGCACAAGGAGCAGGUGUGAAAGUACAAUUUGAAAUAAUCAUAAUAUAAUUUUAAGGUUGAUGACUAUGGUGUGCCUUAGCAGGGGCUCAUUCUCCCUCGUCCUUAACAUUGGUCCAUAUUUCUGGGCAUCUCCCCACCCCCAACCCUCAGUUAACCUUAAUCUGCUUAGCCUAAUAUCCAGACGCUAUCUCAGCGCAGACAUGGCAGCCUGCUGGCUUAUGCCCUGUGCUCAGAGUGGUGCAUCAUUUUGCAUCUAGCCAGGGGCGGUGGGGGUGGGGAGCAGCUCUUCCGGCGGGUCACCCCAUCUGCUCCACAUGCAAUUAUUUCUUCACUUUAGCAGUAAAAACAACUGAGAGUGACAGCUAUGUGCUGUUUGGCUUCCUUCCCCUCUGAUAUAUUUAACGUGUCGCUGGCCCUGUAGGGUGUCUAGCUCAGGAUUGUUAGAAGGGUUUUUUAUAACGGCGUCAACGUAGAGAGAUGCACUUGCUGUGUUUGGUUUCCACACAGUGGUUGUAUUCCAAAGCAUAUGCAUUCAUCUAAGUCCAGGGAGUGAGGAAACUCAGGCCUGGGGGGCUGGAUUUGGCCCUCAAGACAUCUCUGCCUGGCCUCACGUCCCUUCCCAGACCACACCCCUCACUCGGCUGACUCUUCGCCCUUGUCUCGUGAUUUUUACUGGACCGAAAUGUGUCUGCUUGCAUGCCUGGAUGUAGGCGAGAGUUUGGCCUCGUCCACCACUGAUAUGUGGCCCUUGGAAGACCCCCCCCCCCAUGACAGAAUGUGGCCCUUCAUUGCCCCUGAUGUAAGGUGCAUCUAAGAAAAAAUGUGGCAAAAAGAGAGAGAAAGAUGCAAUAGUGUUGGAGGAGGCAACAAGACGGGAUAAUCUUGACUGGAUUUGUAGGCUGAUGCACACACACACACACACACUUACACGGGGUCUCUCUUUCUCUCUCUCCUGGCCACCUACUGUGGAACAGCAAGAGAGACCCUAGCUGACAUUCAGCCGGACCCCAGAAUGAGUGAAUUGACCUCAGUACCCACCGACAUCAAUUGAGCAACUUCGUUGUGACUCUAGUCACCCAUUGGUUUCAAUGGGACUUAAGUGCCACCACCUUAUAAUUUGGAUCCACCCAAUGAUUUCGCGUGGGAAAAACUGAAAUCAAAGCGGAUAAGAGCUGGAAAGAAUUAACACAAAGGAGUCCGGGCACCUUGGUAUCGGUUAUCGCCAUGCUUUGUUAUCAUUGCUUCAUGAUAGGAUGAGCUUAAGAUGAUUUGCAACUGGGAGUCGCCCGCUCACAGAUUUUAUCUGGUGCUUUUGUUCUCUUUCAAGGCUUCUCCACCCCCGCUAUGUAGGAAGCGAACACUGUACGGCCGCCAGAUUAAAAUUCCAAAGUGCAAGGGUUUCUAGAGUGCUUCAGUAUCCUGUUUCGUGAAACUCGAAGCUUGGUGAAAUUGGGGCGUCUGCAGCUAAAUGAUUGUUAUUUGGGCAGUUCAUCCUCCUCCUGUUUAAUACGGACAUUUGGAUUUCUCACGCCCAGUGCUUAUUAUCACACCCAUUUACUCCAUCCAACUUAAUUGCAAAAAGCUACAGCCACCCCUAAUUUGCUUAAUACCACUUUAGCAAAAGCUUCCCAGCACCUACUCCAUUAAUUGGAAAUGUGGGGUGAGCCACACUUUUUGUGCAGGGCGGAUGAUAAUAAUAAUAAUAAUAAUUAAUUUAUUUAUACCCCACCCAUUUUAAAAUACAUUAAAACCUCAGUCAUUAAAAACUUCCCUGAACAGGGCCGCCUUCAGAUGUCUUCUAAACAUUAGAUGGUUGUUUAUUUCUUUGACAUUUGGUGGGAGGGCAUUCCACAGGGCGGGUGCCACUUCCAAGAAGGCCAUCUGCCCGGUUCCCUGUAACUUCACUUCUUGCAGUGAGGGAACUGCCAGAGGGCCCUCUGCGCUGGACCUCAGUGUCCGGGCUGAACGAUGGGGGUGGAGACGCUCCUUCAGAUAUACUGGGCCGAGGCCGUUUAGGGCUUUAAAGGUCAGCACCAACACUUUGAAUUGUGCUUGGAAACCUUUGCAAAGGUGUUCAGGGGUAAUGGAGGCACACUGAAUAACGAUGCACCCUUGUGCAUUUUUUCAUAGCAUGCUACCCCUGCCAGGUUACAAUGAGGGCAGGGUUGUCUAGCUUACAAGCACAAGAGCCCCGCUGGGUCAGGCCAAAGGCCCUCCUAGUCCACCAUAGUUCUCAUAGUGGCCAACCAGAUGUCUAUGGGAAGCCCACAAGCAAGGCAACAGCCCUCUGCCCAUUCGUGAGUUCCCCCCGCAGGUGGUAUGCAGAGGCAAGCCACUUCUGACAUUGGCGGUAGAACGUAGUAGCCGCGAUGGCUAGUAGCUGUUGAUGGCCUUUGUGUAAUCCUCUUUUAAACCCGUCCAAGUUGGUAGUCAUGGCUACAACAUGUGGGAGUGAGUUCCGUAGUCCACCUACGCUCCGUGUGAAGAAAUGGCUUUCUUUUGUCGGGGGCGCAACCACAUCUGGCGCAAGUGGGGUGGAGUUGCCAAACACCUGGCAGGCCACGAUCCAUGACUGGUGGACUGCAUUUCGAUUGGUAGAGUCGAAACAUGGAGCCCUGACAUACAGCUGUGUUAAAUUUCCCACACCACACAUUUAUUAUUUCAUAAAAUUUUGUACAGUGGUACCUCGGGUUACAUACGCUUCAGGUUACAGACGCCGCUAAUCCAGAAAUAUUACCUCGGGUUAAGAACUUUGCUUCAGGGUGAGAACAGAAAUCGUGCUCCAGCGGCGCAGCGGCAACAGGAGGCCCCAUUAGCAAAAGUGGUACCUCAGGUUAAGAACGGUUUCAGGUUAAGAACAGACCUUCAGAACGAAUUAAGUUCUUAACCCGAGGUACCACUGUAUAUCGCUUGAUUGGGGGGGGGGAGGACUCAAAGCGGUCUACAAAGCAGGUAAACCAAUAAAAUCAUCACUUAAAAAUUUACAACCGUAAUUUAAAACAGCAUUUCCCAAACUUGGUCUUUAGCUGUUUUUGGACUACAAUUUCCCAUCAUCCCCAACCACUGCUCCUGCUAGCAAGGGAUGAUGGGAGCUGGUAGUCCCAAAACAGCUGAAGACCACUCUGGGAUUGCGGCGCUCAUCUCGCUUUAUUGGCCGAGGGAGCUGGCGUACAGCUUCUGAGUCAUGUGGCCAGCAUGACUAAGCCGCUUCUGGCGAACCAGAGCAGCGCACAGAAACACCAUUUACCUUCCCGCCGGAGCAGUACCUAUUUAUCUACUUGCACUUUGAGGUGCUUUCGAACUGCUAGGUUGGCAGGAGCAGGGACUGAGCAACAGGCGCUCACCCCAUCGCGGGGAUUCGAACUGCCGACCUUCUAAUCAGCAAGUUCUAGGCUCUGUGGUUUAACCCACAGUGCCAUCCGCGUCCCAGCAUUUGGGUAAGCAUGUCUAAACUAAACAAGAAUGUCUUUGGCAGGUGCGGAAAGGAAUACAGUGAAAGCGCCUGCCUUGGUAUCAAUAGGCAGGGAGUGCCAAACUAAACGAAUUCUUACAGAUGUGGUUGUGGGUAUUAUGUGGCAUUUUAUAGAAGUGCCAAUUCUGUUGACUGAAGUGGUCAAGUGGGCACAUAUGGUAGCCUAGCUGCUAUACGUCCGGAAUUCCCCAGACAUAUCUGGAAUUCGUCCGUCGGAAAUAGCGUCCAUACGGAAUUUCCAAAAAUUGGUAAAAAAUGGCAACCCGAGUCGGUAGUGUUAAUUUGGGGGCAAAUUUCCUUUAAAAAAAAAAAAAAGCCCCAAAAUUUCAAAGCUCAACAACUUUGCCCACAAAAAAGCUCAACAGAUUUUAUGUCCGGACUUUGACUUUUUGAAAUAUGGCAACCCUAACAUUUAGGGUAAGAGGAUGUCAUAGGUAAACAGGUCCCAAGGUGUUAAGAGCUUUAUAUACUAAUAGUAACACCUUGAACCAGGGCAGAGCCCUGAGCACAGGUGUUAGGUGCUGAAAAGGCAUUCUGCACUAACUGCAGCUUCAGGGUCAAGGGCAAAGGAAGUCCCACAAACAGCGCAUUGCAGUAAUCUAACCUUGAAGCAACCAGUGCAUGAACUACUGUGGCCGGGCUCUCCCGGUCCAGGAGCAGCCCCCCUAUGUGUUUUACAAGUGCUAAGCUGCCUCCUACACACCUGUGACAAUAACAUGUGCGUCUUAGUUGCCGCUGCCCGCUGCAAUAACCUAGGGCAGAUUAGGAAUUUGCACACAGGUCUGGCUCAAGGCAUUUUGUUAGUGCGGUGUGAAAUCUGAAUUGGCACCCUCUCUCUGCCCUGGGUACCAUUGGCCACGCAGACGCCAAUAACCGGUGUGGCACAAUUCGUGACCUAGAAGUAGAUCUGUGUAGGAAAUCUGCUUUGCGUAGAGCGCCGGCCCUUUGAAAAAUUAUGUAUGUGACACUUUGCCUCCAAAAAAGAGCAGGGAGGGGGCUGCGUCUUGAGGCCCCAGUUAUAUUUUUAUGUGCAUUACAGCAUCUGAAUUUCUGAGCGCUGCUUUGUAGGCAGCAGAAGUGGCAACAGCUCCCCCUGCCAGCACAAAUGUAUAAAUGACGUGUUCCAUGCUAGUUCACUGCUCAAUGCUUCCUCCUGCUUUUUUCUCCUUUCUUCCUUGGAUCAGGUUAGCCAAAGCAUUUUAAGACUCCAAAUACUGCAGCUUCUUCCCUCUGCCACAUUUUUAAAGGUCGGUCAAUAGUCCUCUUUGCGGCACUGCUUCUAGUGGACUUCAGCCAAGCACCUUAGAUCAAGGGUUUGUAGUAGAAUAAUAAUUAUCCUAAAUUAGCACUGUAUCUGCACGUUUGCCCUCUUUCCUGCUAGGCUACCCUUGUUUCUCAUUGAAAAGUGGUUAUUCAUUGGUUGUGCAGGAACCUUUCCUUCAACACAGCACAUCUUUCGCAAGGACGUUCCUGCCUUUUCAACCGGUUAAAUCGGGACUCGAAACAAGAGAGAGGAAGAGAUGAGCGAAGUAGCCCAGAAUAGCGACGGAAUAUUAUUCCCCACCGCCAUGUAGCCCUAAAAACACACGUGUGUGUUUGUGUUUUCUUACAGAGCAUGUACAUUUUCUUACACACUGUGAAAGGAACGCCUUUCGAGACGCCUGACCAGGGCAAAGCCCGGCUGCUGACUCACUGGGAGCAGAUGGAUUACGGGGUGCAGUUCACCGCUUCCCGCAAGUUCCUGACCAUCACACCAAUUAUACUGUGAGUGUAAAAGAGGGCUUGGGACUGUACUGAUAAGGCUAGGUGCAAAUCGCUUCUGCAUCAGGCCAGAGGCCUGCCAAGCCCAACAUCCCGUUCCCACAACGGCUAGUCUGAUGCCUGCGGGAAGCCCGCAAACAAGAAAUGUUGCUGUUCUCCAUCAAUGAGUAUUCGGAGUCAUGAUGCCUGUGGCCCUGAGGAUGGUAUGAAGCCAAGUUGACUAGUAGCCAUAUCCUCCAUGUACUUGCCUCACCCUCUUUUUAAGGCUGUCUAAGCCCUAAUGGCCACCCCCACAACUCAUAGCAGGCCAGUUCCAUAAAUUAACUCCACACUGUGCGAAGAAAUGCUUUCCAGACCCACAGAACUCCUUCCUCCCUUUGUGCCCUUAGAGCCGUGUUUCCCAAAUUUGGGUCUCCCGCUGGUUUUCCCCAACUACAAUUCCCAUCAUCCUUGACCCCGCUGGUCUUGCUAGCUUAGGGAUGAUGGGAGUUGUAGUCCAAAAACGACAGUACCUUAACAUUCUCUGGGUAGUGAGCAAUACAAUUUGCAACGUUAAAAAAAAGAAAAAUCCCUGGAAAAAUGAAAAGCUCUUCACCUGGCACUCAAAGAAUAUAUAUAAGAUGUAUAAGACUGAAUCAGGUGAGUGUUGGAGAUGUAAUGAGACUGAGGGUACUUUCUAUCAUAUAUGGUGGACCUGUAAAAGAGUAUUGGGAAAUAAUUCAUAAUGAACUGAAAGAAAUGUUUAAAAGUACUUUUCCAAAAAAAACCUGAGUCCUUGAAGUUGGAGAUAAGUCAGACAGAAAUUCCCAGGUGUUGGGAAAGGUUAUUUAUGUUUGUCACUACUGCAGCUCCUGUUUCUUUAGCCCAAAAAUGGAAAAUGAUGGACUAUGCGCAGCUUGCGGACCUAAUGUAUAGAAUAUGAGAACAAGAAGAACAUAACAUUUAAAGAAGACUGGAAAAUAUUUAUUGAAUAUAUGGGGGGCGGGAUUGUGUACAUAUGAAAAUGUGGGCAGCAUAAUUAAGAUAAAUUCAACAGUGCAAAUAAGUUUUGAUGGAUGUAAUACAGAAUGGUUUAGUUCAUAUAAAAUGUGCAGGUGUUUAUGCUGUGCGAAAUGAACCAUGGAAAGAGAGGAAGGGAAGUCAUUGAUAUUUUAAGGUUGUUUAAGUGAAUAUUCUAAAAGGUAAAACAGAAAUUUAAUAAAAAUUAUAUAUUGAGAGAGAGAGAGAUUAUAUGCAUGAUAUAAAAAUGUUGUGUGUGUGUAUAUGCAUGAUAUGGACACCCUGCAAGCCUCCCUAGGGAGGGCAUUCCAUGUUUCAACCUUCAGUGUGGGCCAGUUGAGGGAAUUGGGGCAUACGCGAUUCAAUUCUCUCCUCCUUUUCUUUCUUCCGCAGUUAUUUCCUUACUAGCUUCUACACUAAAUACGACCGGAUACACUUCAUCAUCAACACCAUCUCCUUGAUGAGCGUCUUGAUCCCCAAACUACCCCAACUGCAUGGCGUACGCAUCUUUGGGAUUAACAAGUACUGAGCCGGGGUGUCUUUUAUAUUCCCUUCUGGUGAGCUGUGAGAGGCCAGCAACGUGAGAACCCUGUUUCCUUCGUUCCGGCUGCGUCUUCAGGAUACACUUCCACACAAUGGCUCCUUUUUAAAAAUUUAAUUUCUUUUUAAAAUGAGCACAUGUUGAGCAGGAUUCCAAGAUCUGACAGAGAACGCAGACGGCUCAAACGAUGCUUGAAUCCUGGGUAGAGUUUAGCUUGGAAGAGAGACAAGGGUUGGGGGGGGGGGGAGCUUCAAAUGUAUUUAUUAUUAUUAUUAUUAUUUUAUUUUUCAAGAAUCUGAAAAUAGAGGCAGACAACACUGAAAUUUGAAAGGUACUCAUAGCUUGCUCUCUGGGUAAUGGAAGACAUCCAGCCCAGAAGGCUUGGACAGUUAUAGAAAGGUAGGAGCCUAUUGCAAGGCGACGUUUAGGAUGAUAGCAAAUGCACUUUAAUAUAAGGGGGGAAUUUGUGACUUGCUCAUUGAAAGGGCUAUAUCAGAAAUUUUGAGAUGCACACUAGGUAUAGAUUUCUUUGUGAGUUUGGAAACCUUAGCUGAUCAUUUAUAAAUACAUUUUAAUUAUUUGGUAGGCAGUUGGGACAGAUUCUCAUUCUUUCUUGCAGGAGCAUGAACCAGGUUUCUCCCCCCAGUUACAAAAGCAAUGCUCUUCAGAGUCUUCUUUGAAAAGCCUUUGCCUAUAUAUAUAUAUAUAUAUAUAUAUAUAUAUAUGUCUCAAAGCUUUUCCCUCUCUGAGGUUGAGGGAGUGGGGAACUCCACAUGGCAGGUUGAAAACACAACCCAGGGAUGAGAAGGAAGAGGGAAGAAAUGUUUUGACACUUGCCUUGCAGUGGUUGCCACAUUUCGACGGUCGCAGCUGCCUCAUUGCGGCAUCUCUUCUGGAUGGGAGAGCCAAUGGCUGAAAGACCAGUCUCUUGCAGCAUGGGUGGUUUAUUUUGACAUUGUACAAUGACGGCGAUGGAGAAGACACAAGAUGAGGCCAAAGGACCCAGGCACCAUUUCCAGUCUCUCUCGGUUGGAAAUCCAGCAUAAGUUGAUUAGGGUUGGUUAGGUACCACUCGUCGUUGAUUCAUUCGCUGAUUCAUGCCAGCACUGGGGUUCAGAGAGAGCUAUCUUGUUGCUGCCCUCUGUGAUGUCUAACUGAGAUGUUUCCUGGGCAGCCUCCACCCAUGUGGUUUAAUGGGCUUUUGCUUUAGUGCCCCACUGUGUCAGAAUAAAAAACCCUGUAUUGCUCUCUGUCACCUAGAAUGCAGAUAUUUUGGUAUACGUCUGACUGCUGGUUGGUCUGCUUCCUAAACACCGGUACAGCAAGGAGGAGGGUUUUCUUCUGCUAAUGGAUUAGUAAGUGGGUUUAUUUCUUUCUGAUGCUUCUGUUGGAUGGAGGGGGGGGGGGAGAGAAACAGACUCUGAGAGCUAUAAUACAUUAUGUCAUGUAAUUGCCAACAGCCUUUUAAGGUGCAGGCUGCAAUUCAAUCAUGCGGACAUCAAGAAAAACGUGUGUUAAGUUUUGAUCAUCAGGAUCAUAGGUAUGUGAGUUUGGUUCUUCUUGUCAAUGUUGUGUCCUUUGUUUAAAAAAUAAUAAUACAAUUUCCCUCCCCUUAUCCACCCUGCCCCAGGAAAUGUACACAUUGCUAGCUAGGAUAUGAGUUUUAUGAUAGAAUUUAAACAGCCUGAGUAUUUCCUGGAAUCUGUUUCUCAGGCUUGUUAGCUUGGCAACUGAAAUGUUUCCUUACCCCACUAAACUGGAGAGGCAUCUAAACAUUUGAGGCCAGUGCCAAUAAUUCAUAAACCGUUUUCCCAGCUUUAUAACUGUUUGGGACACUUCCCUGAAAGGAGGAGGAGGGGAUUUUAAACACCACCUCUGCUUUUGGCAGUAUCUAGAAGUGAUGGCAGGGAAAGUCCACCUGGUUUCAGUGGCCACAUUAGCAAUGGUGAUGCUGUUGGGCUUUGCAGCAAGCAGAGGUGCUGGGUUGGGCAAAUAGGUUUAAAAGCCUUCCACCAAGCCCAGUAUCAUUAAAGGGAUAGGAGUUGCCCCCUUCUUUCUCUUCAGAUGUCCUUCCCAUUAUCUGAUUUGGUACAAUCUAUGUAAUAAAACAGAUGAUUUUAGCUGAGGUUCCUGCAUUGCAGGGGCUUGAACUAGUUGACUCUUGGCCCCUUCCAACUCUACAAUUCUAUGUUUCUAUCCCUAUCCUUGACCAGUGGUUCAAGGCAGCUCAAGAGACAAAAAUAAAAGCCCCUUUACACCUGCAGCAAAAAAUGUAAAGGACAGUUAAGUGGCUAUCCGGGGAGGCAAUGUGUACUAAAGUCCACAAAGCUUCAGGGAGAAUGAUGCAAGAAACAAAGGAGAUUGAAAAUGUGGAGGCAGAGGUGGUGAACCUGCGGGACCUCCAGGUGUCGGGGGACUACAACUCCCAUAAUCCAUGAACAUUGGCCAUGCCGGCUGUGGUUGAUGAGAGCUGGAGUCGAGUGGCACCUGGAGCAUGUUCCCCACGCCCUCUAUUGAAAGAAUUACAGUGGAGCUGUGUUUGGCACAGCUGCAGCCAAACAUUGCUUUUGGGCUUGUCACCUGUAUGCUUUAGCAGCCUUUGUGUCACACUUGGGACUAGUAAUCUUGGAAUUGAAGGUCAGGUCCUGGUGUACUUGGAGCUCUCCCUCCAGACACGGAAGGGAAGAGUAUCAGCCCUUGCAAUUUCCUGUCAGUCAGAGACCUUCUCGGUUGGCCAAGUAGAAGGACCAGGUCCCUGUUCUCUACCUUUGGUUGUCUGACAGAGCAGGACCUUAUUCCUGGUUACUCCUGAGGCUGUAGUUCCUCAACCUGAUGGAAGUCAUCUAGCCCUUGCCCUAGCCCAACAACUUGUCAUGUUGUUGUUGUUUUGAUUGGCACUGACAGUUAUAAUUAAGUUUAGGUACAUGAGUUUGUGAAUUAGGAAGGCGAUAGUAGCUUCGAAAUUACGGAUAGGCAAUAUAUACCACUGUUGAUGAUGACUGGUGUGGACCAGAGCUUGUCAUCUAGGCACAGAGAGGGAGGCAGGGCCUUCCCGGUGUAAUUCUUCUCUGAGAGAAGCAAGUGGCCUUCCCUGCUCAAGACACCUGCCAGCAAAGUGGGCUAAGAGGAUUAAAAUUGUAAGCUUUUCACCCAAAUCCCAGCGCUAAGAUGCUGAGCUGCUAUUGACCUCCGUUAGAGCCUGUAUUUUUUAACUUCCUGUCUAAGGCAACUUGAAAGCAAGGUACUUUUAAAAAUAUUCAUGAAAAAGGAAGAAAACCAAAUUUAACGAAAUGUGUAAAACAUACCAAGGCCGGGGGAAAGACUUGGCAUUGGGUUCUCAGAAAAGCGGCGGGGGGGGGGGGAAUAGGCAUUUUAAUUUUUCUUCUUCUUGAGUUCAUUUCAAUUAUUAGCUUUUUCCAGCACUAGAUCUCCCCGUUCUAGCUCCCAUUCUUUAUUCUGCAGAAGAAAAAAAGCUACUAAUAUGUCAAAAUAAUAGAGGAAUGCAGAACAACCACUUCCCAGUUUUCAGUAAUUCAGUGGAACCAGAUGAGCCCAGGUUAAAAGUUCAAACUCAGCAGCGAUUUUAAGAAAUUUUAAGCAAACGCACAAUUUUAACCCCAGGUCUUGCUUUGAUGAAGAAGCAAAAAAUACCGGGGGAGGGAAACAGUCUGCUUCAACGUAGAUUUCUGCAAUAGAAGUUGUGCUCAUUACUUGAUGAUACGUGUAACUCAAUAUAAGGAUAACUUAAAGGGCUUGUGUAUUUUUUAGCACUAUUCCAAUAUAUAGGUGGUUAAGGCCUUAAACACAGAUCUAAGUUGCACUCUUCCGAAAAACAGAAUGUUCUUUUGCAAGGGUAUAAAUCAGUACCCUACUAAAAAGGAAAAAAUAUAGAAAGAGCUCAUUAGCACUAUGUCUACACACCAGCCAAUUUUCAUGUCAUUCAUUGCUCUGCAAACUUCUGCUCCUACCGCUUCUUUUUCAUUAUUCUGAGGGGAUUGUUCAGAGUAGCCCGUUCACCAGCCACAGUGCUCUCAAGGUAUUCUAGGCCUGCCUUAGCAACCUGAAGUCCUCCAGAUGUUUAGGAUGUCCAUCAGCCCCAGCCAACAAGGCCCAGAGCUCUAGGAUGAAGGGAGUUGUAGAGCAACAACAUCUGGAGAGUACCAAGUUGGGGAACCAGCUGUUCCAGGCUGUGUUUCCCGUUGUCAAUAAAAGUUCCUGUUACAGUUAAACAAAGGGGGUGGGUUUAGCUUUAUGAAAAUCUAAACAAAACCCUUUACAAUGCGAGCUGCCAGCUCACUCUUCUGGCAAUAGUUAUUGCUACUAGAAAAGUGAGCUUACGUUGUCCAGGCCAAGACCAUAUGAGAGAAUCAGCUGGCAGAUUGCUCCUUUACAUUAAAAAUAUUAAAUAUUUGUGGAAACUUUCAAAACCAAGUGGAGAUAAAGAGAGCCUGGGCUGUGGUCAAUCCUAUAUGCUCAUUUGCUGAGGACUUGCUCAGUCCUGGCUUUGUCAAACAAAGCAAGCCCUGUUAAUAUGGCGUGAAACCCAUUUGUUAUCCAUAUUCCCCAAUGAAGCUGCUUCUUGGUGCUGACACGAGAGUUCGUGCAGUUUCCUUGUUGACCACUUUCUGUAACUCUGUACUGUAGAAAGAGCUGCUUUGCUAAGUGUGGGCACUCUCCAUAAAGAAGAAGGUUUCUGUAUACUAUAAAAUUUAGUAGUUGUGGUUUGGGAUGAAAUUCCACGGUGUUCUGUGGGCAGCAGAACCUAUUAGAGACGAUGCACCAUCCUAUCAUUUUUAAUAAUUUGGAUCACUCCUGCUAUCAGUAAAUUGUUCCCCUGUGUGCGCCCCUAAUGGAAUCUCCCUGGCAGAGGGUAGUGGACAUGCAUAACUAAGGAUGGCAGGGGGGCUGGGGAGGUAUAAUUGUCUUUGCUGAGUUGUGUUUUAACCAACCCAGUUAGAUCCACUGGGCCAUUUACGAAGAGCCCCAAAUCCCUCCUCAGUUUGCCUUGGGAGCAAACAGAGAUUGAGCCCUGCCUGCUCGUCUAAAGGAGGUGCUGGGCAGGCGGGCGAUAGCAUGCUCCCUUUAGUUCACUGUCCCAAAGGCCAAUCUCUUCCACCAGCACCCUAGUAACCAUUUUGAAGGGGACUCAGAAUCCAGUGCACCAUUUGCAAUAUUGUCUCUAGGCCACAAAUCUCUCCCCACCCUACAUGGCUUUACAGAUAAAUAAAUGCUCUUUUCAUCAUUGAAGUGGUGAGUAGAGAAGAUGGGAUUUCCCACACAAAAGUUGCAUGUGAACACGUUUCUCUUGGAAUAAUAGUAGGUACCAAGGCUGCUUUGCCCAGGCUGGUAUAAUUAAGGUAUAAAAUGCAUCUCAAGCCUGGUGCAUCUCAGGCCAUGCACUGUCUAGGGUUUCUGUUAUCAGGUUCUGUGACUAGUGCAGGAACAAUCUGAAACAUGGGCCUGUGGUGGUCAAAGCUUCAAGUUAUACUAAAAUCAUGCUUGGCAAUUCCCAUGUGUAUGCAAUAAAAAGCUGAGGUUUACCCCUUCUCCCAUGUGCUAAUAUCCUCCUGAAAAUUACCCCUCUGUGAAGUGGUCCCCCCCCCCCAAGCUGCCAUUAUCUGCAAACAGCAGCUUCAGGCAAGAAGUGGGUUUUCAGUGAUUAUUGAAAUUCAGUGAUUUCAUUAUGGUCCCGAUCUGGAAUCGCUCCCUCUCGCACACAAAAUAAAUAGAUUGUAAAUAAAAAGACACAGGGAAUCUCAACACGGGAUUCAAGGACUUAAUGUAGCAUGUUGAUAGAAUGAAAAUAUGGAGCCUAUCUGAAACAAAUCAAGGUUUUCUUGUGGCUUUUGAUGUGGACUCUAUGGGGUCUGUGCACGCCCAGGACAGUGCACAGAGCAGCCUAGAGGAGAACAACCCCUCUCCCAGCAAGCAGCUUGCAUAGCAUGCAGGUUCCACGGAGCAGACUGAGUAGCUGUGUGCUUUGUGCCACGUCUGGAGCCAAAGUGCUGGCUGAUACCUAGAACAGGUGGACCUCCUGGUCCUGGUGGGCGCCAAACUCCCAUCACCCUUGACCAUUGGUGAGGGUGAUAAGGGGGUUGUAGUUCAGCAGUACCUGGAGGUCUGGAGGUUCCCCCUCCCUGGGCUAGAGCAGAUGAUCAGGGCAGAAGUCGUUUCUCAGAGAGGAGUGUAGCAGGUGUGAAAGAUUUGCAGCAGAACUGGAUUUGUUAUUUGAUGAUCAUCUAACGGUCAACAGAGUUGCUAGUGUCCCUACUCAAAUUGCCUGCGGUUCCUUCCUCCAACUGGCACCUAGGGUGGCUUGGUGAGUAGGGAAUCUGUGCCUGAACAGCUGUGCUCCUGAUUUGAUCCCUACAACAACAACAACAACAACAACAACAAUGCAGUUCCUGACCAUGAGAACCUCUGUAACAGCAGAAGAAAUGAUGGAACACGCAAUCGCACAAUGGUCCACUCAAAGAUCAGUGGAAAGGAAGCAACGUCUUUCCAAGUUGUCACAAGAAAGUUUUGCUCGAAAUAAGUAGAACUGGGUUGUGGGGCUGCAAAUGGCCUGCUCCCACCCAGAUUUUUGCAGCAGGUCAAGCAUAGUAUCAUAUGGGCAAGUCAUGUAUAUGUGACCAUGCAGGGAACUGUGUAACAAUGAUUAAAGGGUCCCUGCCAAAGGGGCAUAUGUAGCAUUUCUGGAACUCUAGAAAUGGAAGGGAAAGGGAAAAGACCAAUGAGCUCUUUUCACGACUUAACAGCAAGGUGCUGUGUUUACUACAGGAGCUAAUACUUGUGGGUUUAAUUGCUAAUUUGGCAUCAAUUGGUUGGUGAGGUCUAGGUUUUUCUCUUAGCUUUAUAGGCUGUUUACUUCAUAAGGGUUUAAUUUUUAAAAAACAACAAUAAUUAACUAUUUUAAAGGUAUGGUAGUAAGCUCUUUAGGAGGGCAUGGUAGCUGAGUUGUUGCCACAAACUGCAUUUUAUGGUAUGUCUGUGGAUUGUUAUUUAAUUGUAGUGAAUUAACCUAUUGUAUUGAUUUACCAUUAUCUGUGAAAUAUAAUUUUUAGAAUGUGAGUGUGAAUGUUCUUUUCAGUGAGCGUUAAAUGUUUUACACCUUUGUGUCGAACAUAGAAUUACGGUUGUGUUGGUUUUAAUUUUUUUUAAUCUUCUUUUGUUUCUGGAUUUGCUCUCGUUUUGUCGUGUACACGUGAGAAAAGAAAACUUUCAUCUGGAGAACUUUCUAAGACAAAGUGUGAAUAUUAUUUUUAUGAGUCCUUUCUACAGUAUUCAAAGACAAACCAAUUAAAAAAAACCAGUAUUCAUGUAAUAUAUCUUGUAUGUAUUCCUGAAAUCUGUACAAAUAUAAGAAAAGCUCUAAUGUGUCAAUGAGCACUGUCCUGCUCUUCCCCUGACUAGGGAGGGUGCCUGAAAAAGACAAUGGUGUUUUGACAUUGUGUUGAGGGUUCUUGGCUGCUUCCAGAUCAGGGCCUUUUUGAGUCGUUUUUCAUCCUAAUGAUAGUGACGUGGGAAGCUGCCUUAUACCGAGUCAGAUCAUUGGCCCACCCAGCUCAGUAUUGUUUAUACCAGUGUAUCCCAAACUUGGGUCUCCAGCUGGUUUUGAACUACAACUCCCAUCAUCCCUAGCUAGUAGGACUAAUGGUCAGGGAUGAUGGGAACUGUAGUCCAAAAACAGCCGGAGACUCCAAGUUUGGGAAACGCUGGUUUAUACUGACAGGCAGAAGCUCUCCAGGAUUUCAGGCAGGGGUCUUUUUCUAGGCUGACCUGCAAUUGCCAUAGGAGCUUCGCAAUGCAAAGCAGAUGCCCUACCUCUGAGGUAAAAACAGAUGGGCCCAACGACUCUUCCCUAACACACAUUUUUUGGCAACUUGCUUGCUCUGUCUCUCUACAAGUCAUCACCAUUUAACACAUACACAAAAAUCAAGGCACAAAGCACUUGCACAUUAGUACCCAAUUUUUCAAAAUGUGGAAAAGUAACCCAUCCAACACAAGUGGUAGAUGAACCUGUGAGGAAGGAAGGAAUGGCAGACUUGCCACAGCCUUACUGAAUGAGGAGAUUUGUAGCUGGCACAGAACUUCUGAGGGAAUCAAGAAGAGCGCUGAUAAAGACCACCGAAAUCUCUCAGGGGAAAGGAACGCCUUUCAAGUUUCCGCUGGGUUUUCCUGAAGAGCCAAAUUUUGUGGUGCGCUUAAAGGUUCCGCUGAGGAAAAUUGCCUUUCAGUCAGGCAGCCAAGAUAUUUUUAUUCUGCCAGGCUUUUAAGAUUUUUUAAAACUGCAUUUAAAUCCUCCUCCUUUUUUAUGCUGCCUUUCAGCAAUCCUUUUAAGAUAUUCUUCUCAGUUGUUAUUGUAUAUAUUUGUUGUAACCCACCUUGGGUCACUUUGAGGCCCAAUAGGCAGCAUAUAAAUGUUAUCUUACAAGAGCCCAAGUAAUGUUUUUUUUUGGGGGGGGGGACAAUAAAAAUAGGCUUUACUUAUAAGUUUUAAAUUGAUAAUAAAAAGCAUGAAAUGCCACAAAGAAUGCACAAUAUUAUAUUCUUGCUCUUGAUCUUUCAGGUUUAAAAGGAAGAGGCAGUUUAGAAACUGUUAUUUGGU